GAAAUUAAAUGCAAAUGAUAAUGUAGCAGUAAAACUGAUUUAUUAAACCAAAAUACUGCAACAUUUUAAUUUACUUUUAUUAUGAAGGUAAUUUAAUUUGUUUAUUGUUUCAGGUGUUAAGAAAUGGAAUUAACUGUGUUAAAAUCUAAAUAUUGCAAAGUCCCUAAGGAUAAUUUCGAUAGUUUUUUAAACUAUCUACAAGCCUCGCUAAGGCGAGUACAAGAUCUGAAAAACUACAUAUUCGAAAAUUAUCCUUCUUUAAAUGAAGACUCCCUGGAAGAAUUUGAAUAUGAAUUUCUACGAAUUCCAAAUCUAGAUGUAAAUGAUGCGGAAGAUUUGUUUCUAGAAGUAUGGACAAUUUUCGAAAAGUAUAGAAAUAUUUUUGAAAGAAUGGAAGAACAAUGGCAAAAGGAUGAUAUCAGCUACUAUGAACGAUUGAAAUAUACUGUUCAAGAUAAUAAAAUACUCUUGGAACAUAUGUCUUCGUGGCUGGAGAAAACUCCCCAGCCUAUAGAUGUUGCUCCCGAAAACAUCUGGACUCUAAAUAAGUCUCAAGCGGUAGUACGAGACAUUAUUAUAAUUAAAACUUAUAUAAAAAGUUUAAAGCUCAUUUUCGACAGCUUAAAGAAACUCACAUGUGUGCAAUUUCGUGGAGAUGAUUUUACAUCUUCUACUAGCAUUUAAAAAUGGAUAUACCUUAUAGUAUAUAUAACAGCAAGUGUUUAAAAUAUAUAUAGUCUUAAAUAUAUCCAGUUCAGUCAUAACAUGUUCAUGUAAAACUUCAUUUGCAUUUUUAGAGCCUUUUUGUCUAAAAUAAAAUCUCCUUUGUUCCCAGUGAAUAAACUGAUUU